AGGGCUCUCGGGAAGGGGGGUCGAGGACAGAGCACCCUGCUGCUGCUGCUGCAUCGGAUAAGGCGUUCUGUCAAUCGGACAAAUUCGUCAAGCAGGCCCUGAUGAUGCUAUGGUGAAAUUUGCAUAGAUUCUGUGUUUCGGCCCUCGGGACGGUGUUAUUUUGUCCCUGGGAGCAUUCAGCAGUACGGCGCAGAGAGUCCAGCAAUGGCUGCAAACGCUGCGACGACGUCUAUGGCGUCGCUGUCUCUGCGCGGCUCCUCUUUCCGCGAAUUUAAUGGCUUGCAUUCUGCACCCACUGUCCGCCCCGCUUUGUCAUCCCCUGCCCAAGAUUUUAGAUGUGGCCAUUGCAGAUGCAAUGAGGAGGUCAUUGAGGAUUGAAGCCGCCGAAGAAUUGGCAGGAAAGGGAGGAGUGCGGAUUAGAUUGGUUCGCAUUGGUCGUAAGAAACUUCCAUACUACCGUAUUAUCAUCGCCAACAGCCGCUCUCGCCGUGAUGGAAAGUUUCUAGAGAUGGUUGGCCACUAUAACCCUAUGCCGGAUAAGAAUGGUACAAAGGACAUUCAGGUGAAUUUCGAAAGAAUCAAGUACUGGCUGUCAGUCGGAGCUCAACCAUCAGACACUGUUAGAAACAUUCUUUACAAGCAAGGAGUUAUGAGUCCCUUUUCUCCAGAGACUACUCCUGAAGCCUGAGCCCUCCAUUUACUGACGGAAAUUUUUAGUUAGAGACAUUAGAACUGCGUCGUUUCAAGCGCUGUUAUCGGCUGCCAUUUGUCCCCAAUGAUGAGUAGUCCAUUGAUUUUGCCAUCUGUGUACGUGUCAAUUACAAUUUCUGUUCUUUGACUUCCUAAGUUUCUUUUAAAAUGAAAUCCUCCAAGCAUGGGAGGCAUUCCUUUUU